AUGAUCCAGUUCGAUGCCUGACCCGAUUGCGUAAUCCAUUCAUUUCGUCUGGAUUACGAGCUCACUCUCACAGCUUCUUAGCCCAACAAUGGCGGCAGUGCCGAGCUUUGGCCUCCGCCGUCUACCUUCACGGCCAUGGCUACACAGCCUCUGUUCCACGAGAAGACCAGCUCCUUCUCCACGUUCUAUCUCGAUACUUUCUUCUCUCUCCUCAGUCGAAGACACCGACGACACUCCGCUGAACACAACAGCAGAAAAACCUAACAGUACUACUAGCAGUAACAACAGAACUGAUAAGGCGAAAAAGUCAUUUUUUCCUAGGCGAGGGCAGACCUUGGAGCUGGUUUGUGAAUCUCUAGCUUUCAAAGGCAAAGGCCUUUGCAAGGUCGCCGAUACUGGCUUCGUGGUAAUGUGCGACCGUGCUCUCCCCGGAGAACGCUUCAUUGGCGUCGUCACUCGCAAAAAAGACAAUUAUGCUGAGGUUAGGAAAAUGAAGACCAUUACACCUCAUUGGGACUAUGUUGAAGCACCAUGUGAAUAUGCUUCACAUUGUGGAGGUUGCAAGACCCAGAAUUUAUCAUACGAAGCUCAGCUCAAAGCCAAAGAGCAACAAGUUCGUGAGCUUGUUGUACAUGUAGGCAAGUUCUCAGAUCAAAAUCCAGAAUUUGCUCAUGUGAUGCAACCCAUUGUUCCUUGUGAUAUCCAGUUUGGGUAUAGAAACAAGAUGGAGUUCUCCUUUGGCCCAAAAGGCUGGAUACCUGCAGAGCUGUUACAAGAAUGCAAAAAUGCUAGAGAAUAUGCUCUAGGCCUGCAUGCUCCUGGAUUUUUUGAUAAGGUUCUGAACGUCAACAAAUGUUUAUUACAAAGUGACCCAGCUAACAAGGUUCUUGCAACUGUGCAACAAUAUUGGAGGGAUCCGGAGUUUGGCCUUUCUCCUUAUGAUGUCCACUCUCAUUCUGGCUAUCUGAAACAUCUAAUGCUGAGAAGCGGCAGGAAUUGCAAAACUGGUCUUCCUGAGCUUAUGGUUAAUUUUGUGACCUCUUCGUACAGCCCAGAGCUAUUGAAAUCCAUUGUGGAAAAAAUUGCAACUAUCCCUGAAGUGGUAAGCAUUGUUAAUAAUGUGAAUACGUCUAUAGGCAACACAUCUGUUGGCGAGGAAGAAUACACAUUGUAUGGCAAAUCUUCUAUCACUGAGACUUUAAGAGGGCUUACUUUUCAGAUUUCAGCAAACUCUUUCUUCCAGACAAACACACAUCAGGCAGAGAUUCUUUACAAAUUAAUUGAGGACUGUGCCUCUCUCAAAGGAGAUGGCUCAGAAGUUGUUCUUGACCUAUUCUGUGGGACAGGAACCAUUGGUCUUACACUGGCCAAAAGAGUGCGGCAUGUUUAUGGUUAUGAAGUCGUUGCUCAAGCAAUCUCAGAUGCAAAUCAGAAUGCAAAGCUCAAUGGAAUCUGCAAUGCAACAUUCAUUGAAGGAGAUCUUAAUAAGAUUGAUGAAAACUUUGGCAGCAAUUUUCCCAAGCCUGACAUUGUCAUUACAGAUCCAAAUCGUCCAGGAAUGCACAUGAAAUUGAUUAAGUUUCUGCUACAGUUGAAGGCAGCUCGCAUUGUCUAUGUAUCAUGUAACCCUGCCACUUGUGCUCGUGACCUUAAUUACCUCUGUUUUGGUGUACCUGAGAAAAAUAUAAGUGGGUGCUACAAGCUUAGUAAAUUGCAACCAGUGGACAUGUUCCCGCAUACUCCUCACAUUGAAUGUGUUUGUUUGCUGGAGCUUCUUUGAUAAUCGGUGGCAACAGAAGCAGAGGAAAUUCAGAGAGAUAUGGACGCAAUCUGUGCAAGUGCUUCCAAGAUCAUUCUUGUUCUCAGGGUGUGGAAACUGGAAAGGUCACACUGAAUGAGGCGAAUUGGCAUAAUAUAGUUGGAAUGCUCCCAUUUUUGGUUUGGGAAGUGCGCUGAAGGGCUUCCCGAAAGGAUUUUAAGUGGAGCCAUGCUUCAAGGCAGUCUUGGUUUAUUGUUUUUCUUGGACAACAGCAAAGAAACCGACGAGCCAAAAAGCUUAAGGUGACAUCUUUUGAGUAUGGAGUUCACUUGCUGCUUCGCCAUACAAUCCUCGAAUGAUUCUAAUUCUUAUACUAACACAAAUGGAUCCCUUGAGGUAUGUCUCUGCUAUGCUCUUGGUUUAUUCAUGUAUUAUAGUUUAGGUUAUUCGUAAACUUCAGUUGUGACAAAUGCUAUUCAUUGGUUUAUACGGAGUAUAUGAAUUGAAAUUACCAAUCAUACCA